ACUAACACGCCUGCGCAGGCGGGCGUGACCCGGAAGCAGUUCUUUGGCCUGUGACACGUAGCAACGGAGCUGGUGAAGGACUGGAACUGAGUUUCGGGCGUUAUUUGGGGCCCCCGGAGCCGCCGCCGCCUCCGCCGUUUCUGUUGCCUGCGUGUCCGAUCAUUUGCAAUGUCAGGCUUUGAUAACUUAAACUCGGGUUUCUACCAGACAAGCUACAGCAUCGAUGACCAAUCUCAGCAAUCCUAUGAUUAUGGAGGAAGUGGAGGACCCUACAGCAAGCAAUAUGCUGGCUAUGACUACUCGCAGCAAGGACGAUUUGUCCCUGCAGACAUGAUGCAGCCACGGCAGCCGUACACUGGGCAGAUUUACCAGCCAACUCAGUCCUAUGCUGCAGCUCCACCUCAGCCGUUCUUUGGAAACAGCUUUGAGGAGGAGCCACCUCUACUAGAAGAGCUAGGUAUAAAUUUUGACCACAUCUGGCAAAAAACACUAACUGUGCUACAUCCAUUAAAAGUAGCAGAUGGCAGCAUCAUGAAUGAAACAGACUUAGCAGGACCUAUGGUUUUUUGCCUUGCCUUUGGAGCCACAUUGUUACUGGCUGGCAAAAUCCAGUUUGGCUAUGUGUAUGGGAUCAGUGCAAUUGGAUGUCUAGGAAUGUUUUGCUUAUUGAAUUUAAUGAGUAUGACAGGUGUUUCAUUUGGUUGUGUGGCAAGUGUUCUGGGGUACUGCCUCCUUCCCAUGAUCCUGCUUUCCAGCUUCGCAGUGAUAUUUUCUUUACAAGGAAUGGUGGGAAUCCUUCUCACUGCUGGGAUUAUUGGAUGGUGUAGUUUUUCUGCUUCCAAGAUUUUCAUUUCUGCCCUAGCCAUGGAUGGACAGCAACUUUUAGUAGCAUAUCCUUGUGCUUUGUUGUAUGGAGUCUUUGCCCUAAUUUCCGUGUUUUGAACUGAAUUUUUCUGGGAUGUGGAUAUCAGUGGGCCAGAUUCACAAAAAGGACCUAAAACUCGUAAAAUUGGACCAGCAAAGUACAGCGGCACAAUUCAUGCUGAGUUCCAGUAGACUUGAAGCAAUGAAGUAAAUGUGUCUCCUGUUCAUCUUUAUAGUACAGUUGAAAGCUGUAUGGAAUUACCUGCAGUGCCACUAGCUUUAAGAACUUGUGCUCAUACAGAUAAGAAAUGCUAUUUCUUUCCUGAUCCUGCAAGAGUUGGAAACAACCCUUACAAAUCAUAUAAUGUUUUUGAUAGAUUUUUAUUAACUGGAAAACCAACCGCAAAGCUGAUAAUCUUUCUUAAGAACAACCCAGUUAUAGUAAAGAAGAAACAAGACUUACUGCAGAAAUAUUUUUCCAAGGAAUUAGGAAUGAAAAACUACCCAUAUCCUCAAGUGGGCUGAAGUAAAACAAAGUAAAAAAUCCCAAUGCAGAGUUUUCUGAGUUUGCAGUUCAAAAGUCUGACAUUCCCGUAAAUGAUCUUAUAAAACUUCAGCUGCAAUUUGGAGAUAAGCAGCUUACAGUCUACCUUAGAUAUGGAAUGUGAGCAGCUGUUUAGAUCCUGAUGUUAACUAAAUCUCAAAGACCACAUCCAUACUUAAUUCUGUCUCCACAUCUUCCAGAAGAAAGAAAGUCACUAACUUUUUUUGAGAAAAAUAUUUAAAAUUUCACAAUUUCAGUAUUGCAGUUAUCAAUGUAUAGUGCAUUUGAUGCUUAUUAAAUUUUUCCCAAUUAA